AUGGCUUUAUCAUGGAAUAUUCGACUCAAGCGCAGAUCAUGGUUUAGAUUCGUCUUACCAACUAUUGUAUUAGGCUUAUUAUGCUACUGUACGUGGGCUUACUGCCACAAAUUGUGCUACCAACAGAUCAAUGGACAAUUCGGUCACAGAUCUGUCGCUAUAGGGCUCAUUUGUGUGGUAUGUUUCCUAGAUGUAGUUGUGAUUUUCAUAUGGUUGCAAAUGGUGGUCUGGAUUGGUCCAGGUAAACAGCCGCAUGUAGCACCCUUUUUAAUCCUCCCCGUAGCCUCGAAGGAGGAGACUAACGAUGGCGGAUCCCAAAGUACGUCAGCGGAAUACGACGCAGUAAUCCCACCAAAAUGCUAUCAAUCUGACCCUCAUGGAUACCCAAUAUGGUGCAGUCCAUGUCAAAGUCUGAAAACGGAACGAACACACCAUUCGUCAGAGCUUGGUCAUUGUGUUCCCCGGUUUGAUCAUUACUGCAUGUGGGCAGGAACUGUUAUCGGUAGAGACAAUUAUAGGCUUUUCGUUCAGUUUGUUGCUUAUUUUUCAAUCCUUUUACUAAUCAUGUGGGCGUCAAUUUGCGUUUAUACCAAGGAAAUUACCCAACGACACCAUAGUCAAGGACCUCGUAUAAACGUAAAUGUGAUGUUAACAUUAGCUUUCGCCAUCCUUGGAUGGUUAUUAACCACGAGUACCUUGGGGUCGGCCAUCUUCUACAUGAGUCAAAACAAGACGUCUUUGGAAGCAAUCAUGGAUAGCAAGAGAAAAAAAUUCGGGACAAGAAAGAUAUUUUCCUACUACUCAGAGUCCAACAAACUGAGAUUUGUAGUAGAAUUUGAUAGGUCAGAAUUCCACGCCUUUUGGAGCAAGAAAACGAUACUUGCGAACGUGAAAGAUUUCAUGGGUCCCAACAUGCUGAUGUGGUUAAUUCCUCUAGGCAAGCCCUUUAUAUUGUCGAGCAAGACGGAUGAAGUAGACAAUUCACUUCCGAGUGGCCAGAGAGUCACCUUAACGGAAAUACUGGGUCCAUACGAAGAGCUUUACAGUGACUACACCAUUCAAGCCAUUGAGGACAAGAUAGCAAAGGGCAACUAUCUAACCACAUUCCGAGCCUUUGGUGAUGACGCUAGUUCUGUUCACUAA